UCUCCCCGCCGCGCUCCCCACAUGCGAGUGGACGACGUGAAGCCGGCUGCUGCUCUUCCUGCCGCUCCCGUUCCCGCUCCUGCGGCUGCCGGCGGGCCAGCGCUUCCCCCCGCUCCGGCUGCUGCACCUGUGCCCGGCCCCGGAGCUGCACCGCGGCUUCUCCUCGCCAUGUGGGACUAGGAGGGGUGCGGCGUUCUCCUCGGUGAACAUGGAUGCGGCGGGCAGGGCCGGCGGAGGGGAGCAGAGCCAUCCCGGCAGCGGCGGGGACGCCCCCGGGGACACGUCCAUGGACCGCUACCUGCGAUCUCAGGGCUUGUACAGGAAGAAGGUGGCCAAGGAUGGGUCCUGCCUUUUCAGGGCUGUGGCCGAGCAGGUGUUGCACUCUCAGUCUCGGCACAUUGAUGUUAGAAUGGCUUGUGUAGACUAUCUUCGGAAAAAUAGGGAGAAAUUUGAAGCGUUCAUAGAGGGGCCAUUUGAAGAUUAUUUAAAAAGUUUGGAAAACCCACAGGAAUGGGUUGGACAAGUAGAAAUAAGUGCCCUUUCUCUUAUGUACAAGAAAGAUUUCAUAAUAUACCAGGAGCCAAAUGCUUCUCCCUCACGUGUAACUGAAAAUGGCUUUUCUGAUAAGGUAUUGCUGUGCUUCUCAAAUGGAAACCACUAUGAUAUUGUGUAUCCCAUAGAGUAUGCAGAGAAGGCUGCUCUGUGCCAGUCUCUGCUGUAUGAGUUGCUCUAUGAGAGGGUGUUCGAUAUGGAUGUAAAAAAAAUCAUGGCAGAACUUAGUGCUAUUGGUGUGACAGAGGAAAGUAAUGGGAGCAGUGAAGUGUCGGCUUCGGAUUCAGAAGAUGACAACUACAGAAGUAAAGCUACAACAGUUAGUGACAUGAACGGAAUGAAGUCGCUUUCUGGCAACAAGCACCUUGAGAGCAAUGGGAAUCCCACCUCGUUGGCGUUGCCUAAAAAGGUUCUGAAAUCACUUGACCCCUUCGUUUACAGAAACGUUGAAUACGAUGUUUGGCUCCGAUCCAAAUGGGAUCAGCAAAAACAAGAUUUCUCUAUUGCUGCUGGCAUGCAAUACUCCAUUGGAGAUAAAUGUAAAGUGCGCUUAGAACAUAAUGGGAAAUUUUAUAAUGCCCAUAUUCAAGAAGUUUUUUCAGAGAAUGGGCCAGUUGUUGUAUUUGUAGAAGAGCUUGGAGCAAAGCAUGCUGUCUCACUGAAGAGCCUUAAACCUCUUCCACAGACCUCUCCUAUGGAGGGCUGGAACACUGUGCCAGGGAAGAAGAUAAAAAAGUUUUACCCAACAUGGGGGCAGAAUGCUCAGCCUGAUGCAGAGUGCAGAGGGCCAAAGAAUCAGAACAAGUCAAUCAAACCCCAGUCAGCACUACCUCCUCGACUUCAGCAUACUGUGGGAACCAGGCAGCACCAGUUCUUGUGUUCUGGGCCCCAACCUCAUCAGACCUCAACUGAGCAAAAAGCUCCGGGCAGGAAUCCUUCCCAGUCUGCAAGGAAAGCGGAGCGUGAGCGAAGUGAGGAGCUGAGCCAUGGCAGCAGGGACUGUAACUACUUUGGGCUGUCUCCGGAGGAGCGCAGGGAGAAGCAGGCCAUAGAGGAGUCUCGUUCCCUUUAUGAGAUCCAGCAGCGAGAUGAACAAGCUUUUCCAGCUCUUUGCAAUAACCAGUCAGUCUGUCAGGCUGCUACACAGACUGUGGAUAAUGUAAACCAGAAAAAGUUCUCAAAUAGUGAAAGAAGAAACAGCAAGUGUACAGCAGAGGUAGAAGAGCAGAAGGAGAAAGGUAAAACUAAAUGGCUUUUUUUUUUUUUUUUUUUUUGAUUGCUUGGCUUUGUUGCCAGCCACAGAAUUUAUUCCAGAUGGGGCAUCUGUUUAGGCAAUGAGUGGAAAGUUAUCCUAAGUAGCAGUACCAAACUAAACUGGGCUGGAGGCAGCAAGGGUGUGGUUUGUGAGGAAAGUACAUUUCCCUGCUUGGUGGUUGUGGCUGAGAGUAAACUCUUGGCUGGGAUUUUUGUAGUAAAUGGGAAGAGAAGUGAGAGAAACUAAAAGACUUAUCAGAGCUACCCUAAAUUAGAUAGUUUUGAAAUUCUAGAGUGUGUGGCAGAAAGCGCCAAUGGGGAAGGAUUAAGAGUUAUUAAAAAUAAAGUUAGGAAAGCAGGUAAAAGUAUUCACUGUGGCAUGGUUAAGAAUUAGCA